AUGGUGACUUCGAGAAUACCGGCUUAUUCUCUGAGUUCGGAGUUCAACAGGGAGUUCAGAAGUUUCCGCAUAACGCGAGCCACACCACGGUCGACUCUGUACGCUCCCGCUAUUGUUCCUAUACACGAGUACCCGAGGGUCAGCGUGCACGAGCGGCGGGAAGCACUUAAAGCUGCACUGGCAAAGGCGUGGUCUUCCAAGAGCAGUGAAAAGAAAAAGCACGACACGUGGACCGUGCCUACUGAACAAAGCAGAGUUGGCAUCACUGCGGCCGAUUUCACCGGCAAGACACAGUACAAGAACGGCGUCAACGGCGACGUAUCGCGUGUUGCACUUGCCAAACACGAAUUCGAGAGCAAGGAUGCUGAACGAACAGAGACUGCCGACAACAGAACUGAUAGUGGCCAGCCUGCUAGCUUUACAUACAGCCGUGUUAAUGGAAACGGUAUCGAUAUACAAGAAACACUUAAAAAGGGCUGUGAUAAAGGUUUACACAAUAAAGAUUUAAGUUAUAGCGAUUACCUAAAUAAUGUUCCUAAAUGUAAAACUAGUUUCGAAAAUAACUUCCUCAAACAAAGCCACGAGGAACGCUAUAGCAAACGAAAUGGGUACGAUGCAACGACUAAACGAGUCGAUAGAGACAUCAACCUGAACAAUCUCGAAUAUAGCAGCCUAAACGGCGACACGUACGAUUCUUUGAAGUAUUCGCGAACUGCGAACGGAACUGAAUCAGUACAAUAUAAAAAUUACGGUAAGGUAGACACCGUUAAAAGCAAAUUGCUCAGCACAGAUAGCCCCAAAAGCGUGACGUCUUGCAACGGAGAGAAAUUAAAUGGAUACGGUGGUUUGGAACGGCGCAGUGCAAAAGAGCAACAGCGGCCUUUGACGAGCGGUCCUAAGGCGAUCGUUGAACAGAGGUUAGCCGAACGUCUCGAGGUGAAGGUGGCUGAAUUACCCGCUCUCUACCGGGGUGUAGACUCCUGGACACCGAAAUCAGCCGCAUUCCAGAAGAACAUGCGCGACCACGAGUGGAGCGUUUCGUAUGUACCAACAUCCAACACAAUGUCCCAUACUAACAUACUCCAUACCUUUAAUUUCACAGAUUAUUUAAACCUUGGUUUUGUGUGUUCGUAA